GGGCUGACGAGGCCCUCACCUAGCCUGCAGCGGUAUACAAAGAAGCAGCUUCGGAGAGUAUCAUCUCAAAGCCAUUCUCUCUGUACUUUCAUUUGACCGAUUCCCUCAGCUAUAAUGCUAGCCCGUUGCACGCCUUUUGUAUCUCGCCUAUCGGUCUUUUUGGUAGCCCUCAUAUGUAUAAUAGCGACUAGCUUUUUGCUCUUGCGGCACAGGUUUGGCCAUCUAUGGUCAGGGUACCAAUAUAAAAAGGACCUUGCUAUCAUAAUGCCCGUGAAUCAGAACUCGGACCUGCAGUUCUACCGAAACAUGUGGGUUGGCGAAUACCUCCGGCCAGUAUGCGAUUUCCAGGAGGACCACUGCAGCAUGGCAUGUAAUCGGUUGUCGACAUGGGAUACGUUGGACAAAAAGACAGCGUGCUUUGUACGUGAGAUUAAGGCGAACUACAAGAACACAGAGUUCUUUAUCAAGCUGGACGAUGAUGCAUUUGCUGACUACGAGUACAUUAUGAAGCUGAUGGACAAGUAUCGCGGGUACGAAAAACCCGUUUACAUCAGCGACUUUAUCCUCAACCUUGACGGGAACCCAGUGUUGAACGGCAGCUGGUACGGCAAUGGGAAGUUCUAUAUGUUUAAUCGCAAGUUGGUUGACUGCAUAGACCCUGAUAUUGUCUACCAUGGCAAUCGCAACGAGGAUGCAGUUUUCGGUGCCAUGGUUUACAAUGGAUGCGGACUGGUUGAGCAGGUACGUGAAGACGAUUCAAAGAUAUGGCACCGCGAGUACCGUAACAAAAACAAGUAUAUCGACCUGGCUGCACUCCGGAACCACGAGUAGAAUAGGACAACUGCUUUAUUGGCGCACAUUCGUUCUAGUUGCUAUAGUACUACCCUGGAUAGAAUGAAUAGCCAGACAU